UCCCGCUUCCGGUGUCAUGGCGGCCUGAGGUCCCGGGAGUCGGUACUGGCUCUGCGAGCCCCUCCCUGCGGAGCGGCGGGUCCGGGCGGGGAUGUGACGGCGGGAGCCGCGGGCCUGCCUGGCGCGUCGUGUCGGCUCGCGUGUCCUCGCCCCAGCCCACACCAUGGCGGGGUCCGGCUGCGCCUGGGGCGCCGAGCCGCCGCGCUUCCUGGAGGCCUUCGGGCGGCUGUGGCAGGUUCAGAGCCGCCUAGGCAGCGGCUCGUCGGCUUCGGUGUACCGGGUGCGCUGCUGCGGCAACCCGGGCUCGCCCCCCGGAGCCCUCAAGCAGUUCCUGCCUCCGGGAACCACCGGGGCUGCGGCGUCGGCCGCAGAGUAUGGUUUCCGCAAAGAGAGGGCAGCGCUGGAGCAGUUGCAGGGUCACAGGAACAUCGUGACUUUAUAUGGAGUCUUUACCAUACACUUACCUCCAAAUGUGCCAUCACGCUGUCUGUUGCUUGAACUCCUGGAUGUCAGUGUUUCGGAAUUGCUUUUAUAUUCCAGUCACCAGGGUUGCUCCAUGUGGAUGAUACAGCAUUGUGCCAGAGAUGUUCUGGAGGCCCUUGCUUUCCUUCACCACGAGGGCUAUGUCCACGCAGACCUCAAACCACGAAACAUUCUGUGGAGUGCAGAGAAUGAGUGCUUUAAGCUUAUUGACUUUGGACUUAGCUUCAAAGAAGGCAAUCAAGAUGUAAAGUAUAUUCAGACAGACGGGUAUCGAGCUCCAGAAGCAGAACUGCAAAAUUGCUUAGCCCAGGCUGGCCUGCAGAGUGAUACAGAAUGUACCUCAGCUGUUGAUCUGUGGAGCCUCGGAAUCAUUUUACUGGAAAUGUUCUCAGGAAUGAAACUGAAACAUACAGUCAGAUCUCAGGAAUGGAAGGCAAACAGUUCUGCUAUUAUUGAUCAUAUAUUUGCCAGUAAAGCAGUGGUGAAUGCCGCAAUUCCAGCCUAUCACCUCAGAGACCUUAUCAAAAGCAUGCUUCAUGAUGACCCAAGCAGAAGGAUUCCUGCUGAGAUGGCAUUGUGCAGCCCAUUCUUUAGCAUCCCUUUUGCCCCUCAUAUUGAAGAUCUGGUGAUGCUUCCAACUCCAGUGCUCAGACUCCUCAAUGUGCUAGAUGAUGAUUAUCUUAAAAAUGAAGAUGAAUAUGAAGAUAUUGUAGAAGAUGUCAAAGAGGAGUGUCAGAAAUAUGGACCAGUGGUUUCUCUGCUUGUUCCAAAGGAAAAUCCUGGCAGAGGACAAGUCUUUGUUGAGUACGCAAAUGCUGGGGAUUCCAAAGCUGCUCAGAAAUUGCUGACUGGGAGGAUGUUUGAUGGAAAGUUUGUUGUGGCUACAUUCUACCCGCUGAGUGCCUACAAGAGGGGAUACCUGUAUCAAACCUUGCUUUAAUUAGUAACCUAAGGACUAUUUCCUGUUUCUCCUCUUCCAUUUCUUGGAUAUUCCACAGCUGAAUGCAGGAGCACCCCUUUACCCAUUUUAAAGGGUACCUUGUACAUUUAUUUAAUCCUACUAAUGUGCAGCCAUUGCCCAAACAGUGACUGCAUUGCAAACAUUGGCAUUGAGUAGGACAAGACCUCUCAGCUAUACAUUGAGGGGGUUAGAGCACCCAUGUGGGCACCCUUAACUUGUGCAGUAGGGCAGGUGCUGCUCUUUAGUAUGUAACCUAAAGAGAUGUCAUUUCAUGUGAUGAUGAAGCAAUGAUGAGUAAUUUGUCAUAGUGAAUAUUAUUAACAAAUUUGUUAGGGUUGGUGACAUCACAGAUUAUUUGUUUGUAUUGUCAGGUGUAUCUCAUUGUUAUUCUAGCUGGCACUGGAUGCUCUAAUAAUGUUAAGUCAUUGUCAAGCAGCAGUUACCUACCGUGUUCUUAACAAUGAGUUGUGAAUUUUUCUAAGGGAGUACUGUAGAACUUAAUAUUCCUCUGAAGAAACUGCAGUGAGCCUAUCAAUGUUUUUAAAAUUACUAUUAAGGCUUUUACAAUAGAAAGCUGAUGCUUGAUCUUGCACAAUUUUUAUGUCUAGUAUGUGUGCUUGAGUGGGUGUGCAGGUGUGAAAGAAUAGAGAAAUUGGAGUCAGUGUACUUUAUAGUGUGAGUUUUGUGAGCUAAUACAGUCUAUAACCAUUUCUUCCUGCCUGUUUCACACUUGUGAGACUUGACAAACAGGUUUCUCGAAAGUUGGUCUGACUGAUAGAAUGUAAAUAACAAAAAGUGCAGAACAAACUGGAGUCUAGACCAGGGUUACACUGAAACUCUUCCGAGUGACUGGAACAAAGAAGGUUUUGUACAUGUAAAUUAUCCCAGUCUUUGGUCUACUUUAGACCCAAGAUUAACUCAUCUUGUUUUGUACUGAACCUCUUGUGAUAAUUGUAAAAUUUCUUCAGAUAUAGUUUUUUUUUUUCUGCUGUAAUGGGAAAUUGAGGUGGAUCAGAAAAAAGUUUGUUGUAUAGUGAAGGGAAAAGAGAAAAGUGCAAAGAAGGUAGUCAUGGAUCCUUUCCUCCCUGUGUCCUCCCUGCUGCCCUGCACCUUCAUCCCUUGUCCCCUUUGCCUCUGUCUGCAGCUGGAGGGCUUUUGACUGUAACGGAGUAAAGAAAGGUUGGGAUAUUAUGAGGUGGAAGUAGAAAGGAAUCAAAACUGAGUUUCUAAAAGCUCUGUAGUGAUCUGAUGUGUCCUUGUUUAGAGGGCGCCUGUUGUCAUGAGUUUGUGGGCACAGAUGGACUGUGGCUUGAGGAUUGUGAGCGUGGAUUCUUCCUAUUCUGUAGUGGGUUGCUUUGAAAGCUGUAACUUAGUAAAGCACUGGAAGUACAGAAUAACCCACAGACUGUACACCAGUUUGGAAUUUUCCCAGUCUCCUUACCUAAAUGAAAGUUUUAUUUAUUUAUUUUUCCUUAGGAAAGAGCAUGUGUCUUUCCCUGACAGCAGCCUGCUUAUAUAGUCUUCUCGUGUCCGAGCCAUGUACGCUCCUGAAAGCUCCAUUACAAUUUGCAUUUUAAAGGAUGAGUUAUUUUACCCUGUUGAAAAAUACAUUGUCCAACAUUUGUUAGUAAAAUCAAAUUAUUCAGAGCUCCCUCUUAUGAGGUUAAAUUUGUUUUAAGGGGAUUAUGUCAUAGUCUUACAUCAUGGUCCCUGAUAUGUUAUUUAGAUAGAAGGCUCUUUGAGAAUUGAUUGGGUGGUUUUCAAGUCAGAAUUAGAGAGCAUGUACUGUGAAGCCCUUUGCUUUCCUAGAGCAUAAAUAUUUACAUCAGGGACUGCUUCUGUGGUCACAGGGUACAAGUGAGUUCUUUGGAAGAGCAAGUAUGGUUGACAUAUGUUCCCCUGUCUCACAAAAAAGACCCUUGCAAAUAAACUGCAGAUAGGCUUCCAAGCUCUGUCGGGUGGAUGCUGCUAACAUUUCUGCACUUAGCCUUCUGUAAUCCUCAUCAGUGCAAAUGUACUUAUAAAUGUGUGUCGUGUUUGACUCUGUAGACUUACUGCAGACGAUGCUAAUUUGAUUUUGAGGAAACUAAGGAAGUAAAUGGUGGGCCCAAGUAAAUGUAUUGAAUUAAAUAUUUUAUAUUGAAGCCACAAAAUUGAAAACAAAGGCUACCCUCCUAUAAUUUAAACCAUUGUUUGCUAGUUCUUAGCCCAUUUACCAAAGAGGACAGCUGCAUAGUCUCCCUCCUCUGAUACCAUGAGGACUUUCUUAAAUAGGACCAAAUGUUAUAAAAGAUGUAAUUUUCACAAUAAAUAUAUGCACAGAAAUCUUAAUUCUUUGAAGUUAUUAAAAACCUAGAAUUCUUUUACCAGGCAAGGUAAAGAGGCAAGGAUUCAUAUAAGCACCUUUCUCUGGGGGCAAAUUUUAUCUCAGGUAGUUUUUCUUUCCCUAUUUUAGUAUUUGUGCUUCCAUCCCUCUUGCCUUCCCGCUUCCUUCCUUAUUCUUCCAUGGUACUACUCUACUGCGGCACAUGUCCCAGAUCAGGCAUAGAAAGUGAUUGCCCCCUGGGGAAUUUUGCAUUCUUGAGAAGUAUUUGGAGGAGGUGGCUAGUAGCCAUGAUAAAAACUCUAAUACUAUAUUUAGAAGAGAAUAGUAGUGUUGGGCACCUCAGUAUGAGGUUUAUUAGCACUGGAUACCCUCCUUCCUUUGUGGCCAUUAGCACAGCAGCUAUCUUUGGGAAAUCUCCCUUUGUGCUGUCUCCUGAGCUAAGUUUACAGCUGCUUUUAGAAUCAUAUGACUAAUAUAGUUUUACUCAUCUGCCUCUGUUUUCAUUGAGAGAAGCACAGCCUUCUCUUUCAUCUAUAGCUGCUAAAGAGUGUUGAGAUAUGUUAACCUGCCACCAACCAUGCUGCCUCACAGAGAAGUGCAGAAGAAUUGCGGGUGUCUUAUUACACUGGACUUUCCCUCAAGUACGGGCUUCAGCUGCGGAGUAACUUUAAAGGCAGGUUAGACUAUUCAUCAGAACUGUUUCAUGGCUCUUUUGAAUUUGUUGAUCAAAGGCAGGUGGCGAACAGUUUGUUAUCAUUUUUGGUAGUUCUCACUCUGACUUCUUAGGCCUAUUGUACAUAGCAUUGUAUUUUUCAGCAGUUUUUGAAAAUGAGCAUCGUCAUAGAACAGCAUAGUGGGUGAGGGAAUCAGUCAGGGAGACCCUUGUAGCCGUGUGGUCUACCGACUCUUACUCAAAGAGUACGGGCUAGCUUUUUUUUUUUUCA